UUUUGACUGUUUAAGCUUCUAUAAUAACUAACAUUAUUCCACUGCUGCUGCACUUCGACAGGCUGUAAAAUUGUGUCACGUCGAGAUUUACUGAACCUCGUUUGGUCUUUAUUUGCUUUCAUUUUCUGGAUCAUCACCUGCAUAUUCACGUUUGUUCUUAAAAUGGCUCAAUGGUUAAUAACUGCAGUGCAGCUGAUUUUGCAGUGUUUGUGGCAAAUAUAUUCCACUAUGAAACAUCUCACUAUGUGGGUAAAAAAUGCAGUUUAUCAGCGUUUGCAGAAUCGGUACCCAUCACAUUCCAGUGGGCAGGAUGAAGUGGAUUUCACACUAACAAAAAUAACAAAGAGAUUGAUGGAUUUCAUACCUGAGAAAGUCGGAUGGCCAAAAGAGCUCAAGUUCCACAUCUUGGUCAUUGGGAAUGACUUGAAUUACCACAAGGACAUUUUGAAAAGUCUUGGUAUCAAAGACAAAGGGAUCUCCAUGGAUAAAAGUGAUGUCAUCAUCGCUUUCGUUCCAAUUGUGUCUCGAGCCGGAACGGACAUUCAAGCCGCUCUUCAGAUGAUACCAGAAACCCGUCCUGCCGUUCUCGUGGUGCUCCAUCACACCUUUAGUCCGGAUCACAUUGCUCCAGACAGCAGGCGCAUUAUUGACAGGAGCAAUAUAUUCUCUGUGGACAUGCUCUUCUAUGAAAACAAAGGACUGCUGAACUGUUUCAAGAACACAAAAGCACUGGAAGAAACAACAAAGUAUUUACAAAACUUCAAGGCGAAUCGCAAUAAGAUCAUUAAUGACCAUAAAAUGGAGUCACGUCGAGAUUUACUGAACCUCGUUUGGGCUUUAUUAGCUUUCAUUCUCUGGUUAAUCACCUGCAUGUUCCAGCUUGUACUUAAAAUGACUCAAUGGUUAAUAACUGCAGUGCAGCGGAGUUGGAAGCCGAUGUUGCAUUGUUUGUGCCAAGUAUUUUCCACUAUGAAACCUCAUGCUAAUAGUGUAAGAAAUGCAGUUUAUCAGCGUUUGCAGAAUCGGCACCCAUCACAUUCCAGUCAGCAGGAUGAAGUGGAUUUCACACUAACAAAAAUAACAAAGGGAUUGAUGGAUUUCAUACAUGACAAAGUUUCAGUUGGAGAGCCAGAAGAGCUCAAGUUCCACAUCUUGGUCACUGGGAAUGACUUGAAUUGCCACAAGGACAUUUUGAAAAGUCUCGGUAUCAUAGACGAAGGGAUCUCCAUGGAUAAAAGUGAUGUCAUCAUCGCUUUCGUUCCAAUUGUGUCUCGAGCCGGAACGGACAUUCAAGCCGCUCUUCAGAUGAUACCAGAAUCCCAUCAUGCCGUUCUCGUGGUGCUCCAUCACACCUUCGAUCCGGAUCACGUUGCUCCAGACAGCGGGCGCAAUAUUGACAGGAGCAAUAUAUUCUCUGUGGACAUGCUCUUCUAUGAAAACAUGGGAAUGCUGAACAGUUACAAGAACACAAAAGCACUGGAAGAAACAACAAAGUAUUUACAAAAAUUCAAGGCAAAUCGUAAUAAGACCAUUAAUGGUACAGACCGUUGUAUAUAAUUUAACUUUUUCAGGUUAAGAUAUAUUCAGGUUGAACAAUAUAUCACUGUCUUUAUUCCAGUACUUUCAUUCACUGCGUCAGGGGUGACGUACAUUUAACUAUAGAGUGUAUUUCAGUGUUAAUGGGAUCCAGAUAAAGAUAAUAAACCAAACUUAGCUUUAGAUUGUACUUCUGUCUGAUAUCCUAUUAGUUGUAAUGUCUGUGAAGGUGAUUAUAGCAAUUUAAUGGGAAUAUUUCUGUGUUUAGAGACAAAAUGUUAAAAAGAGUGACAAUUUUACACACACACACACACACACACACACACACACACACACACACACACACACACACACACACACACACACACACACACACACACACACACACACACGUCUGAUUGACAUUCUUAUGCAGUUCUAUCUGCAAUAUUGAGAAUAAAUCGCAUGAUCAAUCCCA